AUGAUGUAUGUAGGUACAAGCGCGGAUAUCAAGGUCAAGAGAAAGUACCAUUCCGAGGAUCAGGGAUCAAAGACGAAGACGAAGCCGGUGGGUAAUGUGCUCCUAGCCUGCCUGCAGGUGGCUUGCGAAAUCUGGACCGUGUAUCGCAUCAUCAUCCUUCUGUCCAGAGAAAGGUUACUACUGGUACACCAGAGGCUGCAAUCAACCUUGACCUAA